AUGAAGAGAUUAGUGAGAGCGCGUGUUAUAACAGUGGGUCCCUUCAUAUCCUCAGCUUUUCUGGACCGGCGCAAUCCAGAGGACACUCGGGUUGCAGCGGACUCAGACCCUUGGGAAGAAUCGGAGGGCACAAUCAGAUGGCUCGAUAGUAAACCACCUCUUUUGGUUCUUUAUGUUUCAUUCGGGAGCAUAACGUCUGUCAGUCCUGUUCAAAUCCGGGAACUUGCAGCAGGGCUUGAGAGAAGCCAGCAGUGCUUCUUGUGGGUCAUCAGGCCUCCCGAGGGCCACCAUGACCUCAGUGCAUUGAUUCCUCCUGGAUUUCUAGAGAGGAUCGAAGAAAGGGGUUUGGUUGUGGAGUGGUGUGUUCAGCUUGAAGUGUUGUCUCAUCCGUCUGUGGGGGCUUUUAUGAGCCACUGCGGUUGGAAUUCUACCCUGGAUGCUCUCUGCUCGGGCGUUCCUAUGCUCACCGCAGAGGCUUGGACGGAUCAACUCACUAAUGCCAAAUGUGUGGCGGACAUUUGGAAAACAGGGUGUAGAAUGAAGAAGGCGAAGAUGGGGUUGUGCCAAUGCAGGAGAUUGAGAGAUGCGUCAGAUCGGCAAUGA